AUGCGGCUUAUUUUCAAUCUCAAAAAGUUCAACGCAACAUACCUCCAACAACCCGACACAUUCACCAUGAUAUCCCUCAGCUCUCUGCGUCGGAUGAUAUUACCGAACGACUUCCUCGUCUCGAUAGACCUUCAGGACGCGUAUCUACAUGUACCAAUAGCUUCCGAGUUCCAGAAGUACCUCCGAUUCGAAUACCAAGGUAUUCAUUACCAGUGGGCGGCCCUCCCGUUUGGAAUUUCUACGGCCCCGUGCAUUUUCACACGGAUCAUGAAGACGGUCGUAGAAUGGCUCCAUCGGCAGGCGAUCAGGGUCGCCUUCUACCUUGACGACGGGCUCCAAGCUCACCAAUUCACAGAAGCCCUUCAAGAAGAGUUGGCGACCACCCUGAGUCUACUACGGUACCUCGGGUGGAUCGUCAACUUUCAAAAGUCGGACUUGGUACCAACUCGGGAUCUACAGUACAUUGGGAUACGCUUCCAGACGGGAGUCAAUCUGGUCAUGGUACCUCAAGACCGUUGGGACACGAUUGUCAGCAGCGUUCGGAGACUUCUACAUGCCCCGGCGUCGGUGCACACGUGGCAGGAAGUCCUCGGUCUGUUGACAUCGGCCCAAGACCUGACUCGCCGAGGUCGUCUUCAACUUCGUCCGCUGGAGUUUCCCAAUCUCCUGGUUCCACUUCCGGCGCAGCUACGUUGUCAUCUGGAGUGGUGGCUCCAGCCGUCGAACGUUUGCGAAGGCGUCUUUAUGAGCGAGCCUCCGUUCAUACUACACCUAUUCGUAGACGCGUCAUUGGAAGGCUGGGGAGCGCACUUCGGGGACGACCAAGCGGCCGGGCUGUGGUCGCCAGUAGAAAAGGUCCUCCACAUCAACUGCCUCGAGAUGGAAGCAGUGAUUCGGGCGGUCGAGUUCUGGAAACUUCGACUCCGUCGGAAACGGCUGAUGAUACAGUCGGACAACUCCACAGUCGUCCACUGCGUCAACAAACAGGGAACGACUCGGUCGGCGGCCCUUCUGGACCGGACAUUCAGGUUCUUCGCCCUCGUCGACGACUUGGACAUGGGCGUACGCGCCUAUCACAUUCCGGGGGCCAAGAAUGUGAUAGCCGACGCCCUGUCGAGACCAUCGAGGCCGUCUCCCACGGAGUGGAUAACCAUCCGACAGUCUUUCAUCUGCUGA